AUGCGAGACACCAUGAAGCCUUGUCAGCACACGCUCUCAGAUGACGUCGUCUACAAAGACGUAGUAGUGGUCGGCAAUGGUCCCAGUGGUAUGGUGACGUCGUUCGUGCUGGCCGGAAACGUCCCAUACCUAAAAGACAUACCUGAAGAUCUGCCGAUUGAUGAAAUGCUCAGGGCAAGAUUAUCAAAUUUACCACCCGGACAGAGUCUAUACGACGCUGAUCUCCUGGAGCUAGCAGAGGGUUUAGAAGGUAGAAGCCAGAACCCCAUUUCUUUACUGAUGGACAAUCUGCUAAGACCGUGCGCAGAUUUGGGCAUCCAAGCAGAUUCCUUGAUCGAGUGGCGAUAUGAUGUCGAGAAAGAGAUAGACCACGUAGUCCUGGGACGGGGUCCGCCGGGCGGCGCGUGGCACACGUUCCCUCCACAAGUGCGCACGCUGUCUCCCGGGGCAUGGCUCUCGCUGCCUCCGCACACGACCGACUCGGCGGAGCGACUAACGGCGAGUGCCGUGGCCGAGUACUGUCGACGUUACGUGCAGGCGUGCCAUUUGCAGCGCUACUUUCGCUGCAACGUCGUGGUGACAAGUGUGACAGCGGCCCCUCCUGGUACGGGAGCACCCUGCAGCCCUGCCUGUCCACGUUCUGCUUCUUACUGCGUCUCUGGCUAUGAUCAUAAAGAGGGUCGCGGGUUCCGAUACGCAUGCAGGCGCGUGGUGAUCGCGGCCGGAGCUUGUGACAGACCGAACGUCCUCCCGGAGCACAUCUCGCACCACGCCCUGCAUCAGCUGGCCGCCCUGGAGAAAGCCGCCCAACUCAAUCAACAACAUCCGAAAUCUCAAAGUCGGUGCUGGUGGUGGGUUCGGGGGGUGUCAGCGGCAGAUGCUGUUCGUCUGGCGAGAGCGUCUGGUCUCCACGUCUACCAUUUGCACAGGACAGCGGCUGAUUCGCUUGCAAAAUUGCCAUUACUUAACUAUCCUGACUAUAAUCAGGUGUACAAAAUGAUGUGCGAUGGAGCGUCUGGCAACUAUACAAAUUACAAAUCUCUGCCCGAACAUAUGAUCGUGGAAGUCACUCCACUCCUCUCGCCCCAAACCACAAACACUGAGGAAGAGAACAAGAUCCGCCUAAAAAAAGUAAAACUUCUCAACCUCGUCACAAACAAAACCGUAGAGUUAACCGUAUACAUCGUCGCCGUCUUGAUUGGCUCGAAACCAGAUCUAUUCUUUCUUCAAACAAAUUUCGACCUUAACACCAUAGAAAUAAAGAAGUGCAAGUGCAACGAGAAGAAAAUCGACGAAAAACAAUGCUUCCUCAGAAACCAUUGGCAUUACCUAAAAUCGGUUUUGGGACAGAGCAUACAAAGUUGCAAAUCCAGGUAUUUGAAUUACACAGAGAUAAAUGGCAACAUUGACACAAAAUGCGCGCUACCGGACUGCAAUAAAAGGGAUACAUGCACUUGCAACACCAAAGCGGAAAGGGGACUGGCGGUGCGCGAAUGCAAAUGCGAAAUCAUUCCAUAUUCGAAUUUAAGGCGGGAAAAGAACUGUCAAUGUCAACCUACUAAUCCGUAUAGCAGCGGGCUAGGAUAUGGCAUUGACCCCAAGAAACCAGUUGACGGUCGUUCAAACCCAGUAGCAAUAGACAAAAGUACUCACGAAAUGUUUAAUUUCCCCGGAAUGUACGCACUCGGACCUUUGACAGCGGACAACUUUAUCAGGUUCAUCCCGGGCGGAGCUCUAGCCUUAGUAACACACAUUCACCGAGAAAUGAAAUCAGAAUAG